GUUCACAAUCAAUGUGCUGAGAGAGAGAAUGUGAAAGAGAAAAUAAUUCAAUCUUAAUAUUAAGAGGUCCCGGUAAAGAUGGCAGGGGGCUAAGAGAUACGUGAGCUCAACGCACUUCCGACAUUCAUGCCCAUCAGAUGCUGGAAUAACUCCAAGCAGCAGGAGCACCGAUUAGAAACCAUGUCUCGCCAAAGGGCUGUGGUCAAGAGGCACCUUGUCCCCUCUGUUUCUGGUGCCUGGAACAGAAUGGAUCACCCGGGGACGGUCGAUCCCGAGGAUGAGAUGGGAGCACUAGCCCAUCUGGCACCCAGCCCUCAGAGUGAAGCAGUUGCUCAUGAACUUCAGGAACUCUCUCUGCAGUCCAGUCAACACUUACCUCCUCUUAACGAACGGAAGAAUGUAUUACAGCUGAGGCUGCAGCAGAGGAGGACAAGAGAACAACUAGUGGACCAGGGCAUCAUGCCACCUUUGAAGAGCCCAGCUGCAUUCCAUGAGCAGAUAAAAAGCUUAGAAAGAGCCAGGACGGAAAAUUUUCUGAAGCAUAAGAUUCGUAGCCGGCCUGAUCGUUCUGAACUCGUCAGAAUGCACAUUUUGGAAGAAACAUUUGCAGAGCCAUCCCUGCAAGCAACACAGAUGAAACUGAAGAGAGCACGGCUGGCAGAUGACCUGAACGAGAAAAUUGCCCAGAGACCUGGCCCUAUGGAACUAGUUGAAAAGAACAUCCUCCCCGUAGACUCCAGUGUUAAGGAAGCGAUUAUUGGGGUUGGACAAGAGGACUACCCCCAAUCUCAGGGUGAUUUUUCUUUUGACGAAGACAGCAGUGAUGCUUUGUCACCAGACCAGCCAGCAAGCCAGGAUUCCCAGGGUUCAGCAGCAUCCCCAAGUGAGCCAAAAACCAGUGAAUUGCCAUCCCCUGCAACAACCAACACAGCACCUCAGUACUCAUCAGCAUCUCUCCCUGAAUUCCUGAAAAGCCCCUCUGCUGGUGAUCAAUCUACUACCCGCUCUACCGUUCCUAGCCUCCCCACAAAUACCGUGUCUUCGACAAAGCCUGGACCAGCCCUGGUAAAGCAAAGCCAUCCGAAGAAUCCAAAUGACAAACAUCGGAGCAAGAAGUGCAAAGAUCCCAAACCAAGGGUAAAGAAGUUGAAGUACCACCAGUACAUUCCACCAGAUCAGAAGGGUGAGAAGAACGAGCCACAGAUGGACUCCAACUAUGCCCGUUUGCUACAGCAACAGCAGCUCUUCCUGCAACUACAGAUCCUGAGCCAACAGCAGCAACACUACAACUACCAGACAAUCCUCCCUGCGCCAGUCAAGCCAUUAAAUGACAAACAGACUAGCUCUGGGAAUUCUUUGAGCAAUAACACUUCUACAGCAGUGGCCAACACAGCAAGACAGAACAGUUCUGUUCCCACCAGAAAACCAGGACCAUUGCCUCCUAGCCUGGAUGACUUGAAGGUAGCUGAAUUGAAGAUGGAAUUGAAAUUAAGGGGCUUACCGGUGUCCGGCACCAAGACAGACCUCAUUGAACGCCUGAAACCUUACCAGGAGGUUAACAGUGGCGCGGCGACUAGCAACGCCGUUACCGUCACCACCUCUGCCGUGAUCACUAAUAACACCGGCGAAGUCACCAUGCCCUUUCCAGUCGCGACUCUAAAAAACUCAGCAGCGAGCUCGGUUCCCAGUUUCAAGUCAGAGACAUCAGCUGGUGGAACGGGCAGCGUAGCCCUUGUGGAGAGCAUAAGCUCCCCUCUGCCAAUCUCCCCUUCCCCUUCGGAACAAUCCAGUUUAAGUACCGAGGACACUAACGUGGCAGACACUUUCACGGAAAUCAUGACUAUGAUGUCACCCUCCCAGUUCUUGAGCUCCUCUCCCUUGAGAAUGACCGCCAACGAAGAGAGCUCGAGUCCUACGAGCGGAAGCCUGUCGAGCAUGGAACUCGACGCUGCCGAGAAAGACCGCAAGCUGCAAGAGAAGGAGAAGCAGAUUGAGGAGCUCAAAAAGAAACUGGAACAAGAACAGAAGCUCGUGGAAGUACUAAAAAUGCAACUGGAGGUUGAAAAACGGGGACAGCAACAGCAGCCGCCGCCGCCGCCUCCACCCCCCGCACCCGCAAGCCAUCCUUUAAAUAAUUUAGAUCCGAAACACAUCAGUCCAGCUGUCAAAGAUGAGAACUCUCUAAGCGACUGUUCCAGUCCCAGGCAGCCGAUGCCAGCCGUCGGCCAGCCAGGCCCUCCCGGUGGCCAGAACCCGGGUGCCAAAAAGGCCGUCGUGAUCAAGCAAGAGGUACCUUUGGCCAAAGCCGAACAGCAAAACGUCAUCUCGCAGUUUUACGUGAGUUCGCAGAGACAGCCACAGACUACGGUUGUUGCGCAGCCUCAAGCUUUACUAACCUCCCAAACAACCGCGCAGCUGCUACUUCCAGUGUCUAUCCAGGGUUCGAAUGUAACUUCAGUACAGCUCCCCGUAGCCGAUAUAAAACUACAGGGUCCACCACAAGCAGGAAUUCCAACUCAGUCACAAGUACCAGUUCCAGUUUCAUCUUCUGGUGUGGCCCCGACAGCAGCUCCGAAGCAAGACACUUUCGCCCACAUGCUAAAUCAAUCUCAACAAAUCAGAAAGGUUUUUCCAUCAACUUCACCAUCAAAUACUGGAUUUCCUUAUCAAAGACAAUCUGUUCCAGCAGUUCAGCAACCUUUUAUCAACAAGACAGCCACCACUGUCCUUCAGUCCAGGAACGGCCAGGUUCCCUCGCUGCAAAACGGAUCCAACCCUACCCAAAAGCCUAGCUCACCACCUCAACCUCAACAAUAUAUCUUACAGCACUCUCUAUUUAGCAACCCAGCCCCCAAGACAAAGGACCCUCCACGUUAUGAAGAGGCCAUAAAACAGGCCCGAAGCAUACACACCUCUCAUCCAGAGGUUUCCAAUGCACACAGUCAGCAGAUGGAUGAUCUCUUUGAUAUCCUCAUUAAGAGCGGAGAAAUUUCCUUCCCUAUCAAAGAAGAACCCUCUCCCAUAUCCAAAAUGAGACCAGUGACGGCCAAUAUUACCACAAUGCCCGUAAAUACAGUGGUUUCUCGACCACCACCCGAAGUCCAGAUGGCACCACCCAAUUCCUUAGAACAAAUGAACAGUUUAUCGAUCAGCUUAGAGAACCAACUCGAAGCUUUCUUGGACGGAACUUUACCCUCCGCCAGCGAAAUUCCUCCACUGACAAGUAGCAGUGAGGACAGAGAUUUCUCUCUAAUAGAGGAUCUCCAGAACGACUUACUCAAUCACUCCGGUAUGCUGGAUCAUUCGCACUCGCCAAUGGAAACUUCCGAAGCACAGUUUGCCGCAAAUAAUUCCUGCUUGUCACUCGACCUCCCUGACCCCAAUUUAGACAACAUGGAAUGGUUGGACAUCACCAUGCCUAACUCCUCGGCGGGGCUCACUCCUCUCAGCUCUGCUACCCCCAGUGUGUUUUCCACCGACUUUCUAGACGCACACGACCUUCAGUUGCACUGGGACUAAACUGCUGUUCCAAAGCCUUUUGAGUUCUGUAGCUAUGAGUACACAUAAAUGACUCUGGGCGGACGGUUUGAGGACUCGGUCCUUAAUCGCGUAGUUCUAAUGGCAAUUGGGGUUUCGUUGCACGAUUAGAGAGGUAAAAGCCUUGAAAUAAUUCUGGAGGAACAUCACUGCCUAAAGCAGGGGGCUUCUCUACAUUUCUACACAGAGUACAGCAAAAGGCUGUGUGAAAACUAACUUGAAAUGAAAAAUUAAAAGCAAUUGGUAAAUGGACCUAAAUGAUGGACAGUACCACUAGGAUAAAGAGUGAAAAGACAGUAGCUGUAGGAAUUAGCAUCAGGAUUCCUUUGUAACAUUGAAACCAACUGCCUAACCUCCGUGGUCACUAUCUAAGACCCUAAGUUAAAAGGGAGACAGCUCAGUCCAAUUUAACCUUCUGUUAAAGCAGAAGCAUAAAACUGUUUCGAGCAGGUAAGAGAUCACUGCACUUGAUUGUUCCUGUAGACAGCCUGAGCCAAAAUCAAGAUGCAUUAGGUGGGGAAAAAGGCAACUGAGAGCACUGGCUGGUUCAGUGAAAUUUCCCCAGUGACUGAAACCUUUGAUUUGUUCCAUUUGGAAUCCUGCCUUUGAAUUGUUCUAUAUUGUGGUUUUGUUUUGUAUCAUCUUUUUUUUUUUUUAAGUCCUGCAUUGGAUUUUUAAAAUUAAAUCAUGGAGGGGAGAUCCUUGAUUGCAUCCAGAGGAUUUUGGAAAAUGCAGUCAACCAGCAACCCACAUUAUAUGAAGUCCAGGUAUAUUGAGAACACUGAAACUUCUAUAGCAACAUUCUGGGCUUUUUAGUUUGGUUUCAGUAUGUAUAUCUGCUAGUUAUUUGUACACUACUUGACAUUGUACACAUUUUUAGGAGUGGGGAGGUAUUCAGGAAUCCCACUGGUUUGGAUGCUUUGAAUAUUCACCAAGUAAGCAUCCAAAUUUAGUUCCCUUUUAAAAGAACUAUAACAAGCUUCAGGUAAGCGAAUCCAUCUAGGAGUCCAGAACACCCUAUAGCAUGAAAUAUUUUCUAACCCAGUCAGUUGAAAAUAGAAAACACAGGGAUAGUGUCCCCGGCCUCUAGCAACAUUCCCAUAAAUAAUGACUGUGUUGUAAGGGCCACCUCUUUUUCUGUUUCUCUGAGUUGUUUGUUGAGACUAACAUCCUCUUCCAGCUUCGCACCUUUAUUAGCUAGCAUCCUUAAAAAGAUCUCUAGCUAUAUUUUCAAGAAGUAUUUAGAAACAACAAAAUCUUAGAUAUAAAAAAUUGGGGAUUCAUAUGAGUAUGUUUUUUCCUCCACCAAGGAAAAAAAGUUUUGAUCACCUUUAUGCUGGAUAGUUUUGAAUAAUGUUUCGAUGUAAUUAUUGUUCAUUGCAGGAUUUCAGUAUUCUAACUUUUUUAUUAUUUUGAACUCAUUCAUUUUUGUAAAUAGGAGGAAUUGCCGUCUAUCAACAUUCUGGGUUUCUGUCGGGUAUAACAAUUAAGUUACCCUCUCUCAUUCUUCAGAAUUAAAGAUACAUCUAUGACCAGAGAAACCCACGGGCUGCAUUCCUUCUUUUUGUAAUUCAGAGUUUUUCCAUAAAGACAGCGAGGGAAUCAGCCAAGUUCAUUAUUCUGAAGGAAUUUAUAAAUCACUUCUAUAGCUAUAUUCUUGAAAGUCAAUCCCUUUCAGGAAUUUUUUUUCUUUUAGUUCUGCCUAAUAUUUGCUCCAGUUAGGGUAAAUUCUGUUGUGCUUCUUUUUGAGAGGAAAGACUGCUCCUUUAUCUUUGUAAAGUGACUACUGUUGCUAUGGCUUUUCCAUCAGGCUUUUUUUUGUUGUUACCGUGCAUCUCAAGCCACAUUUACAAUGCAGAGCAUAAACUAUAGGUAGAAAUAUUUCAAUUCAUCAGCUUAAUAACCAAAAUUACCACGCCUGUACUAACGUAUAUUUGCAUACACAAUCUAUUUUUGUAAACCCAGAUUUUGUGAGCAGCCAGAUCAUGGGAGAUGCUGUGUCUGCCCUUAAGAGUUUAUUGCUCUGUAAGACACUAAUUAGGGUUUUAAAAAGUGCUGGUGUUGUGACUGUACACCAAAACGUCAUAACAUGGGAAAAUUGAUCUUUUUAAAAACCUACCCACUUCCGGUAAAGAAUUGGCAAGACAUCCCACCUCCAAAUAGUUUGAUGUUAUCCCCUAAACUAAGUUAAUUAUGGGUAGGGAACAUGUCUGCUGAUUCUGUUGUGUUGUACUCUUUCAAGUGCUUCGGACAGUGCUCUGCACAUGGUAAGCUAUCAGAUACCAUUCAUUAAUUGAUCUUACCCUCCCUAUUGUGCUUCAACCUUCUUAUAACUUAAAAUGUGCCCCUUUGGGUAUCGUAAUUUAAUAAUCAUCUGCCUUUAACUGUACAAGUAAUCCCCCCAUCUGUCAUUCCCCUUGGCCACCUACCUUUUUGGUUUUCGUGGUAAGAUACGCACAUGAAAUCAUUAUUGCUCUGUAGGAUACUUUGGUUUUGAAUGGUAUCAUUGCAUUACAAACAAGUAGCAUAUAAUGAUAGACCAAAGAUGAUGCUGCAUAGCAAACAAAAUGGCCCCUCAACCUAUUUCAGCAUAUGUAAUUGAGUAUGCAAGGGAGGGAGCUGGUAGUUUACUAAAGUGAUUUUUUUUUAAGCUCAGAUUCAGCCACAACAUAAAGCAACAGGUCAAGACUGAACCCAUCAAUUUUCAGCAAGCACAUAGAGUUUAGUAGUGCUCCUAUGAUACCUUGCUGCAGAAAUAGUAUUCACUGCCAAGGAAAUGGUAACCAAUCCAUAGGAAUUUAUAUUCUUUUAGGACUCUGUUCCAACCCUUCCUUCCAUCUCUCCCCAGUACUCAUGGAAUCUGUCAGUAUCGAACUUUGCUUUCUGUUUCAAGGAUCAGGAGUGUGGGGAGAGAAAGGGCCAUAGUAAAGCUCUUAUAAAGAUAAUUUCUACUAUAGGAGAAGAUGAUCACCUUAUGCAUUUCAGAAAAAGCAUCCAUUGGACAGACUUUUGUGUUUAAAAUGGUUUACUUUAGAAUGUUUUUCCUGAAAUGUACAAUCUACUGUAUAGUUCUUGCCGUUCGUACAUAUAUAUGUGUCUGUGUGUGUAUGUAUAAAAUAUAUAUUUACACAUACAUGCACCCACCCACUCCAGUUUUGUGGAAAGAUUCUUGCUUGGAUAAUAUUUGUGUGUGUUUUAUAUGCAUAUUUUUGUAACACUGAAGACAGUACUCAAAUCUUUGAAAUUUCUAAAAAUAAGGAGUUCUGUAAUGGUCAUCACCCAACUGGAAGAUUCUCUCUCAGUGUACCUGAGCAAAGUCGCAAAUGAUACACUGGUAUCUAGUUGACCGUGCUGCCUGAAGAAGGCAAAGAUAAUAUUUUGGCAGAAUUGGGUAGUUAGUUGACACCCCAGUUUGUCAGAAUAAAGACCACUAAACAGAAGUCUGGAUUUUUUUUACCAAAGCAAACUCAGAAAAAAAUGUUUUUGGUUCUUUUGAGCUCAUAUUUUGAGAUAGUUUCAAGUGUAUAUUCAUACUGUUUUUCUGAUGGGUAUGAACAUAUCUUACAAAUUUAUACAGCUCUUGAGAGGAAUGGAUUGCUAGCAUUUUCCGAAAAAGCAGAUACAUCAAUGUUGAGGAAGAGUUUUUCACUCAGUGUUCAACAUUCUUGGAUUGAAUAUUUUGAAUCCAAAGCUCAGAGUUCAAGAAAAUAAGCAAUAGAUGAAGGUUUUGUUUUGGAAUUUGCCUGUAGAGGGAAAAAAAUCAGUGCUAUAUAUCGCUAACUGAAUGGAAUAUCUAACACAAAUACUAAUAGUAUUUAAGUACUUAUGUGCAAAGCACUAUGCUAAGCACAGGGAGAAAAUGCACAGGUGGGAAUUAAACAUGGUCCCCAUCCCUCAUGGGGCUCACAAUCUACAAAGCUGUUGUCCUGUUCUGGAGGCCACAGGAGCAGAGUCAAUACAAUUGGAGAAUACUUUUAAACUGGAAGGGGCAUGAUGUCUUUUAAAAUGCAGACAGGCUUAAUGUUGCAUGAACACUUUGCUGGCAUCCUUACUGCAUUACAACUAAAGUGACUUCAAUUAAAACUGGAAGAGAAUUAGGAUAUCACUUCACCCAGUUAUGGUCAAAACCUUAAAUCCUGAAAUAUCCUUCAAUUGUUAUUUUAUUGUUAAGUUUUAAAUAUUUGCAGUCUACCUUUACUAAACGUUUUACCGUAAGUUGCAUGUUAAGACAGUUUCAUGCAUUUUCCAAGUCACCCUACUCUGUCAAGCAGGACUAAUAAGUUGUAAAUAAUGAACACAGUUUUGACAGGAGGAUCUCCAACUGAAUCCUUACAGUUGAGGGCUGUAAUUCAAAAGCUGCACAUGUUUACAAAACAGCUUUGUUACUUUCCCUGCUCUGUUAUAUCGUUAAAUAUCUUGCUGGUGUGACUUGAAGUUCAACAACAGAAAGAAAAAACCUUGUUGUACCAGUGUGCUGAAAAAAGAAAAUAUUUUUGGAUGUGUAAAACGGCUGUAUUAUGUCUAACAGAGCUUCAUGCCAACUGCUUUGAAAACAAGGCUUUAACAAAGUUUAUACAAACACCUGAAAAUAUACCAAGUACCUCUUUAUAUUAUGCUGUAAGAAAAUUUACUCUUGGUGGGAGGGAAGAGGAAAGGGGUAAAGUAUCAGAUAAUCAAAGGGUUUUUGACCUCAAGUAAACAAUAGUGAUGCAAAAACUUGCAUAAAAAGGAACCAAAGGCAUUGCCAAGUAUAUUGCCAAAAGGAGGCACUUUUUUUUUUUCCAAUUUGAGAAACCCAAUCUCAAAGUCAGUCAAUCCCCCAAAUGGUAUAAACCUUUCAGAGUUACCAUUUUCAUCAAGAUGUAGAUAUUUCUCAGUUGUUUUUGUUGUAUAAUAAUGGAUUUUGUUUUGUUGGUUGAAAAACUGUAAUUAAUAGUAACAUCAAACUUCUGCUUUCCAAAUGGAAGGGGUUUUUUUGUUUUUUUUGCUUGCAGUAGAAAUGCUUAACGUGAUAAUAGGUGUUUCUCUUCUUCUUUUCAUAGUCACAUCAUGUCUUAGCAUCUCACUUUAUGGAAAAAGAAGACAGACCCUAGUCUCUAGAGAGAGAGAGCCCUGUUCAUUUAAAGCACUAGUUUAUUAAACAAAAAAUUAUGGCAGUCAGGGGGCCUAUUAUUGCCUUUCUAUUAAAAAAGAUGCCUUUGUAUUUGCUGUUUGCACCCCUGAAAUCAAUUCCAUAUCAUGUCUGAAUGCCAUACAUUUUGCACAUUGUACUGUAUAUAUGUAAUGCAUACUGUAUUUUUAUAUGUGUAGCACAUUUAUCAUCAAAUAUUUUGUACAUAGUGGCAAUAUUGUAGCUAAUGAGGAAAUGUUUGAUAUCUCAGCAUUUUUGCAUUUUUGUGUCUCAAAUAAAAAAAACAUUUUGAUGUACUGUAA